AUGGCUGCCAUUGCACUCGCCAUGCUCUUGCCAUCACUGGCCCUGGCCGAGAAGUGGGCUGUCAUCGCGGCCGGCUCACAAGGCUUUAUGAAUUACAGGCAUCAGGCAGAUGCAUGCCAUGCGUACCAGAUCAUGCUCAAAAGCGGAGUGAAGGCUGAGAAUAUCAUCCUCAUGAUGCAGGAUGAUGUUGCAAAAUCUUCGGAAAAUCCCUUCCCCGGCCAGCUCUUCAACAAGCCGGGCAACGACUCCCCAGAUGUCUACAAGGGGUGCAAGGUUGACUACUCGGGCGAUAUCGUCACGGCCCAGCUUUUCCUGGAUGUGCUCACCAGCAACACUACCGGCGCUAAGGGCAAGGUCCUGAAGAGCACAGAGGAAGACACCGUCUUUGUGAAUUUUGUGGACCAUGGAGGUCCUGGCAUUGUGGCUUUCCCCAAUGGCCCCUUCUUGCACGUCAAGGAUUUGUCCAAGACUUUGAAGACCAUGCAGAGCAAGAAGAUGUUCAAGCAGCUGGUCUUUUACAUGGAGGCAUGCGAAAGCGGCUCCAUGUUCCCAGAUCUGCAGGCGGAUGGAAAGAUUCUGGCGGUGACCGCGUCCAACGGCCAGGAAUCAUCUUGGGGCACCUAUUGUGGUGAUGCAGCCAUGGUGAAGGGCAAGAACAUUGGCUCUUGCCUGGGAGAUCUCUUCUCUGUCAACUGGAUGGAG